GGAUACCGGCUGUCCUGCUGAUGGCUCCUCAUUAGCUGCAUACCACCUAAGAUGGCAGCAGUGGACCUGUACAGCAAGGGGGCAAGAGUCUGGGUUCCAGACCCAGACGUAGUAUGGAUGUCAGCCCAGCUUCUUCAAGACUACAACCCUGCAGUCAAACAUUUAGACCUACAACUCAGCGAUGGCAGGGAGGUGCAGUACCCGGUGAUCUCUUCCACCGAUCUCCCUCUUCUGGGGAACCCUGACAUCUUGGAGGGGGAAAAUGACCUCACCGCCCUCAGCUUCCUCCACGAGCCUGCUGUCUUACAUAACCUCCGGGUGCGAUUCCUGGACUACAGCAGUAUCUACACCUACUGUGGCAUUGUGUUAGUGGCCAUUAACCCCUACGACCAGCUGCCCAUUUACGGAGAGGAGGUGAUAGAUGCCUACAGCGGUCAGGACAUGGCUGACAUGGAGCCUCACAUAUUUUCUGUGGCAGAGGAGGCCUACCACACUAUGACCAGGGAGGAGAAAAACCAGUCCAUCAUCAUCAGCGGGGAAUCUGGAUCUGGGAAAACCGUCUCAGCCAAAUUCACCAUGCGAUACUUUGCUGUGGUGGGAGGAGCAGCACAGCAGACCAGUGUAGAGGAGAAGGUUCUGGCCUCCAAUCCCAUCAUGGAGUCCAUUGGCAAUGCCAAGACAAUACGGAAUGACAACAGCAGUCGUUUUGGGAAGUACAUUGAAAUAGGCUUUGGCAAGAAAGGCGACAUCAUCGGGGCAAACAUGAGGACCUAUCUGUUGGAGAAGUCAAGGGUUGUCUUCCAGGCAACGGCAGAGAGAAACUACCACGUCUUCUAUCAGCUAUGUGCCUCCAGAGCGCUGCCUGAGAUGAGGCCUCUUAAACUAGAUGUUCCCGAGCAUUUCCGCUAUACUAACCAGGGAGGGGAGAUGCAGAUACCCGGCACUGAUGAUUUAGAGGACUUUGAGCGCACUCGCAAUGCUUUCACCAUCCUGGGUGUGCAAUCUGAGCAGCAGAUGGAGCUCUUCAGGAUCCUGGCUGCUGUUCUGCAUUUGGGGAACGUCCAUAUCCAGCCCAGUGGAAGAGGUGGUGAUCGCAGUUAUAUUGAUACAGAGGACCGCUCUCUGGCUGUGUUUUCCAAGCUGUUAGGAGUGGAGGGCCCCCAGGUAGCUCACUGGUUGUGCCACCGCAGGCUAGCAGUAGGGGGCGAGAUGCUGGUCAAACCGAUGUCCGGUCAGCAGGCCAUGGAGGCCAGGGAUGCCCUGGCCAAACACAUCUACGGUCAGAUGUUCAUCUGGACUGUCCAGAGGCUCAACUCAGCGCUGCGCACCCAGAGAGGACAACCCAAGUCUUUCAUAGGGGUGCUGGAUAUCUACGGGUUCGAGACGUUUGACAGAAACAGUUUUGAGCAGUUCUGCAUAAAUUAUGCUAAUGAAAAACUGCAACAGCAGUUCAAUAUGCACGUGUUCCAGUUGGAGCAGGAGGAGUAUGUGCGUGAGGAGCUGGCUUGGAGCAGGAUCGAGUUCAUUGACAACCAGCCCUGCAUCUCCCUCAUAGAGGGACAGCUGGGCCUGCUCGAUCUGUUAGAUGAGGAGUGCAGGAUGCCUAAGGGCUCAGAUGAGAGCUGGGCGCGGAAGCUGUAUGACCAACACCAGAGCGGCAAGCCUCACCCUUGUUUCUGUAAACCUCGUAUGUCCAACACGGCCUUCAUCGUCCUGCACUUUGCUGAUAUGGUACAAUAUGAGUGUGAUGGCUUUUUAGGCAAGAACCGAGAUACAGUCUUUGAGGAGCCCAUUAAUAUCCUGAGAGCAAGCCAGUCUGAGCUGGUGGCUGAGCUCUUCCAGCAGGUGUCCACAGGGGACAGUGUGUCCAUGUCUCUUGCCAAUGGAAGCAUCCGCUCCGGGAAGAGAGCGCACAGAGAACACAAGCUGACGGUGGGAUUUCAGUUCCGUCAGUCUUUACAGCUGCUGAUGGACACGCUGAACUCCACCACCCCUCACUACGUACGUUGCAUCAAACCCAACGACCUCAAACAGCCUUUUGUGUUUGACCCCAGGAGGGCAGUCCAGCAGCUGAGAGCCUGUGGGGUGUUGGAGACCAUUCGUAUCAGCGCUGCAGGUUAUCCAUCCAGGUGGACGUAUGAGGAGUUCUUCGGCCGGUACCGUGUCCUGCUCCGAGGACAUCAGUGCCAGGAGGAGUCCAAGGCUUCGUGCCAGCGGGUCCUCCUCGAACUCAUCCCUGAUCCAGAGCAGUACUGCUUUGGAAAGACCAAAGUAUUCUUUCGUGCCGGCCAGGUGGCCGUGCUCGAGAGGCUGAGGUCUGAAAGGCUGUGGGCAGCUGGAGUGGUCAUCCAGAGCUGGGUCAAAGGAUGGCUGGCACGGGUCAGAUACACAAGAACCCGCUGGGCAACGCUCACCAUACAGAGAUACUGCAGAGGAGCUCUGGCUAGACGUCUGGCCCUGAUCCUGCGCUACACUAAGGCAGCUGUCGUCAUCCAGAAGACCUACCGCAUGGUGGUGGUCAGGCAGCUGUUCCUCAUGAUCCGGCAGGCCACUGUCACCAUCCAGGCCUUCACCAGGGGCACACUGGCAAGACGCCGGCACAGACUGAUGAUGGCGGAGCGGGCAGCUGUGUUACUUCAGGCAGCGGUACGCGGCUGGCUGGCAAGGCGGGCGUACGGGCGGGUGCGGUCGGCUGUGGUGCUUAUGCAGUGCUGUGUGCGUCGCUCGGCUGCCAGGAGGGAGCUGCUGAAACUGAAGGCUGAGGCCCGAUCAGUGGAGAGAUACAGGGAGCUCAACAAGGGCAUGGAGGUCAAACUAAUGCAGCUGCAGCUGAGAGCGGACCAGGAAGCCAGGGAGAGUGCUGCUCUGAGGGAGAGCCUCCAUGCGGAGCGAGAGGCCCACCGUGCUGAGCUGGAGGCCCUGCAGGGGGCGCUACACAAACUGGAGAUGCAGUUGCAGGAGCAGCCCCAGCCCAGCCCGGCAGUCACUGAGAGGGAGGAGGAAGAGAGGAGGAGGGCCGAGGAAAAAGCCUCCCAGGAGAUCCUGCGGCUCACACAGGAGGUACAGACCCUGAAGACAGAAAGGGACGGUUUAGAGAGGGAGAAGGAAGAGCUCACUGCUCGUUUACAUGCGCGAGAAAAAGCUGAGGAGGAGUGUCUUCAUCAGGUUGUGUCCCAGGCAAGUGAGGCUUUGCAGGGGGAGCUGGAUGAGGAGAGGAGGAAGUAUCAGGGCCUGCUGAGAGAGUUCACCAGGCUGGAGCAGCGAUAUGACAACCUCAGGGAGAUGAGCCUUCUCACCGAGCGCACCACGGGCCACAGACGUACCGACUCUACCCAGAGUUUGAGCAUGGAGCCCCUCUCUCCCUCCCCCUCCUCACCGUCUCCCUCCUUCACACCGAUCUUUCCCUCUCCCCUCCCAUCUGCCUUCCCUUCACCGGAGGAGGUGCGCAAGGUCAGCGUGACUUCCCCCAUCCUGGAGGGGAAAGUCUCUGUUUGGGGCUCUGACACACCCAUGGACCAGCUGAUGGAGAGGAUGGGUGUGUGCAAAGACCUGGCAGUGAAGCUGAGAGGAGAGGACCUGAGACACGCCUAUGAUGCUGUACGAGUGGCCAACAAGUUCCUGGAAAGCCAACUGGAUGGCCAGCGCAGUCGGUGGGAGGAGGAGCUGGAGGCUUUGAGGAACCAGCUUGGUCAAAAAGUCUCUGAGCUUUCCCAUGAUGCCCUGGAAGAGGACCUACAGGAGCUGCUGGCGGCUCGGGAGAUGGAGUGUGUGAAACUGAGGAGAGAGAUGAGGGAGCUGAGGAGCACAGUCACACUAAGAAGACUCCUGGCACAAACUGUCAUCCCAUCAGCAUCGCCCCCAGAUUUUCCCUCUCUGCCCCAGCCUAAAACAGCGCCGGUCUCUGGCCUGCUGGAAUGUAGGAAGAGAGACGAGGCCAAGCUCAUCAAGAACCUCAUCACAGAUUUGCGUGUGGACAUGGCCCUGUCUCUGCCUCCCGGGUUGGCGGCCAGUGUAUUGUUCCUGUGUGUGCAGCAGGCGGACUGCAGUGGAGAGCAGAGCCGUGCACGCUCCCUCUGCAGUGCUGCUGUCACUGCUAUGAAGGGAGCUUUAAAGAAAUAUAGCAAUGAUGUGAAUAUGACAGCGCUAUGUCUGAAAAAUGCUUGUCUGCUGAAUGACCUAUUGACUCAACAUUCCCCAAAAAAGGACAGAUCCUUGGGUCUGGAGGAAAUGGUCCCACUGACCUGUGACUUCAGUGACCUGAGCCGUGCCCUCAGUGACCUCUGUAUCCAGGCCUAUCAGCAGCUCCUCUUCAUCACCGAGACAUGUCUACAGAACAUCAUAGUUCCGGCCAUGUUGGAGAGUGAGACCAUCCCUGGCCUGUCCAAUUCUACUGUUAAACUGGGAGGGUCUCGGAAGCGGGCCAGCUCAGACCCCAGGACUGUGGGCUCUGAGGCUCCAACUAUGGCCUCGGUGCUGAGGGAGCUGGGCGCCCUCCAUACCGCCAUGUCCCGUCAGGCUUUACCCCACACCCUGAUGGAGCAGGCCCUCCGCCAGCUCACCUACCUCAUCUCUGCCUCCACAAUCAACAGCCUGCUGCUGAGGAAAGACAUGUGCUGCUGGAGCCGGGGCAUGCAAAUACGGUAUAAUGUGAGCCUGCUGGAGGAGUGGCUGCGGAGCCGUGGUCUGCAGGCGGGGGGCGCUGUGGUUACACUGGAGCCGCUCAUCCAGGCGGCUCAGCUGCUUCAGGUGGGGAAGAAAACAGAAGCUGAUGCUAAAGCCCUGGUUCAGACCUGUACCUCUCUGUCCAACCAGCAGAUUGUCAAGAUUUUGACCCUGUACACUCCUCACAGUGAACUUGAAGAGAGAGUCACCUUGAAUUUCAUCCGCUCUGUGCAGGGUCUUCUCAAGGGCCGUUGUGACAGUCAGCCUCCACAGCUCUUGUUGGAUGUUAGACGAGUGUUCCCCGUCACUUUCCCUCACCUGCCUACCACCAUCCUCCAUGCUGACCAGUUAGAGAUCCCAGACUCCCUCAAGAUCUCCUUCCUUCGCAGAGCCUAA